AUGGAUUUUGUGAUAACCUGUCUCAUUAAUCUUGACUGCUAAUUAAAAAUUUAUUAAACUUAAAUUAAAGAAUACCAUUAAUUCAAUUUAUAAACUGAAAUUGGUAUUGUAUUAAUUAAGAAUUUCAUCUCUUCUGGUCUUAUUUGCCAUCCAAGCUGUUAAUAAGGUUGGGGAAGUUUACCCAAUCAAUAUUCUUAGUGCUGUAAUCAAAUGGUUCAACUAGAAAAUACUUGUAUUAAUCCAUGUCCAGCUAAAAUUCAAUUUUUGACAUCAUAACAAGGAUGCAAAUCAUUAUGUUCCUUAGACUAAUUAUUCUAUAACAAAGUUUACUUCGAAUAUAUUCAAGUAAGUUUACUAUUUAUCAAAUAGGGAAUAAUUGAAUAUGACUUUGCAUGUAAGAAUAUAAAAUACUGA